CUUGAUGCAGCAUUGUGGCGAAUGUUUGGUGAAUCGAUGCCAGGCUGCCUGUGACAUAAUGCUCAUCCGGCCUCUCGUAUACACAUAGAGGAGCACCUUUCCCAGGGAAAUCUGCAUGGUUGUCCAUCCUCCUCCCAUUCUGCUGUGUAGCAUCUGUGGGUAGCAGUGCUUCCCAUGCAAGGGACAAUCCAGGGAAGCUCAGACGCAGGGACACAUACACUGGGACCCCCUUGACCUGUGGCCUCACACACGUGGGGUGAAUGAGGUUGAUGUUACUGUGCUGCUCCUGGAGUGAGGAACACAUGGGAGAAGAGGAAGGUAAUGAACUGCCAGUGUGUGCCAGUUGUGGACAAAGCAUCUAUGAUGGACGUUAUCUACAGGCCUUGGACUCGGAUUGGCACACUGACUGUUUCAGGUGCAGUGACUGUGGUGUAUCCUUAUCCCACCGCUACUACGAAAAAGAUGGGAGACUGUUCUGUAAAAAGCACUACUGGGCACGCUUUGGCGGGAUGUGCCAAGGCUGCUCUGAGCAUAUUACCAAAGGAUUAGUUAUGGUAGCAGGAGAGCACAAGUAUCACCCAGAAUGCUUUGUGUGCUCUCGCUGUUCCUCCUUUAUUGGUGAUGGAGAGACAUAUGCAUUGGUGGAGCGUUCCAAGUUAUACUGUGGACAAUGCUACUACCAGAUUUCCCUGACUCCAGUGAUUGACUCCCCAGUCUCCCGGUCUCCUCACACAGUGACCCUGGUGUCUCUUCCUGCAUCAGAUGGCAGACGAGGUCUAUCUGUUUCCAUCACUCCAUCAUGUGCUGAGCACUCUCACACCGUGCGAGUCCGUGAAGUGGAUGCUGAUUGUCUCAGCCCUGAUAUUCAAGGCUCGAUUCACAUUGGAGAUCGAAUACUGGAAAUCAAUGGCACCCCUAUUCGCAGUGUUCCUCUUGAUGAAAUUGAUAUUUUAAUACAGGAGACCAGCCGGCUCUUACAGCUAACCAUCGAGCAUGACCCACAUGAAAAUACCAUUUUGACCACCCCCUGUACAGAACCUGGAAUCAGACGCCAGAGGCCUGUUACGCGUAGCUGCAGCAUAGACAGAUCACCAGGAUCUAGCUGUGUGGGUUCCCCAUCCUGCUCCAAAAGAGAUAUGUGUCGUUCUGAAUCUGUUCGUGGUGUUACUGGAAUGCAUCGAAUAUUCAGGCCUUCAGAUCUCAUUCCUGGAGAAGUGCUGGGAAGAGGCUGCUUUGGGCAGGCCAUCAAGGUUACUCAUCGUCAGACUGGAGAAGUGAUGGUGAUGAAAGAGUUAAUCAGAUUCGAUGAAGAAACACAAAGAACAUUUUUGAAAGAGGUGAAGGUUAUGCGUUGUCUGGAGCAUCCAAAUGUCCUUAGGUUUAUAGGCGUACUUUAUAAGGACAAGAGAUUGAACUUUAUCACAGAAUACAUCCCCGGAGGGACCCUGCGUCAGGUGAUAAAGGCAAUGGACUCUCAAUACCCCUGGAACCAGAGAGUUAGUUUUGGAAGAGAUAUAGCCGCUGGAAUGACCUACCUCCACUCUAUGAAUAUAAUUCAUCGGGAUUUGAAUUCUCACAACUGCCUUGUAAGAGAGGAUGGCAGCCUGGUGGUGGCAGAUUUUGGUUUGGCAAGAUUAGUAACAGAUGAGACCCGGGACCUCCGAAAAGAUCGAAGGAAACGCUACACUGUAGUGGGGAAUCCAUACUGGAUGGCACCUGAAAUGAUAAAUGGAAGAAGUUAUGAUGAAUCUGUUGAUGUUUUCUCCUUUGGGAUUGUACUAUGUGAGAUUAUUGGGCGUGUGAGUGCAGACCCUGAUUAUCUUCCUCGCACCAUGGAUUUUGGGCUUAAUGUUCGUGCCUUCCUGGAUCGAUUUUGCCCUGCAAAUUGCCCACCGGGAUUCUUUCCCAGUGCAGUAUUAUGCUGUGACUUAGACCCCGAAAAACGGCCCAGUUUCUCGCAGCUCCAGCUCUGGUUGGAUUCCCUCAUCAGGCACUUGAAUCUGCAGCUGCCUCUUAGCUCACAUCUUGAGACUCUGGAGAAAGGAUUUUGGGAGCUUUACAGAAGAGGCGAUAGCACCUUGCAUGCACAUGCGGAAGUCCCAGAAUAACAUCAUCUUCGAGGCUGAAGGAGAUAUGCCACCUCGUGUGUGUUUGUGGGGAGCUCAUACUGCUUUCCUCACACAGAUUGGGGAUCAUAUCCCUACAUCUUUGAUUUAGGAAUGGGUCCUGCUGUGCCAGAUGUUGUUACCACUGACUGUGAGCAUUGAGGGGAAUCCAAAGAUGUUGUAGUUUCACUGGGUGCCUAUUGAGUUAUGUAAGCUUGUGAUGGUUCUUGGACUGGCAAAAGAGGAACCUGGCUUUUUAAUGUGGCACUUUCCAAUCUAUUAUUGGCUCUAGUAAUGAAUCUAUGUUGUCCUUCAGGGCGUCGUUCCAUCACAUCCUCACUGCAUGGCAUCCUUCUCUGUCAACUUUUUUGUUCAAAGGAGCUUUCUGCACCUUGUGUAAAUACCUAUCUGUAUAUUUAGACUGUGCAUAGCCUUCUGUACAUAUCCUCCCAUUGUCUGUGACUUUAGCCUGUUGUUCUUGUUGCCAAGAAGGGACUACUGCUUUUUGCUAUGGACCCAGUGCAGGACCGAUCUCUGUGAUAAGACCAUAAUGCACUUGGGUAAAGAGCAGUGAAGAAUCUGUGAAGUAGUCCCUCCCAUCUUACACGCAAAAAAAGACAUUUGUAUCAUUUUAUUUAAUGUUGUUUGUCUACACACUUAGCACUUAUAGAUUGGUACUCAGCUUUUACGACCACCAGCAUUCUCAUUACUGUUGAUAUAUGCAGCACACAUAGGCGACUAUAUAUACGCCCUAGUGCUAAGAUGACAACUAUACUGGCCUUUUCUGUGUUUGUCGUACUAUAGCUUAAUUAGGCACCUACCACUCUGAUGUGACAAAGCAUUUACAGCUAAGUUUAGUGUCGGAAAAGCCAGUAUGACGCACACAUCUUAUGUAAUACACGUGCAGCUAUUAAAGAUGAAAUAGCUUAGGUAAAUGAUCUAAAGCUCUUUCCGGCUUCCUCCAUUUUCCAUUUGAUAUGUUUGCAGUGAUCUAUAAGUGCACUUCAUGUCCAUUUUGUGUACAGCACCCCUAGAGUGCAUUUUCCUCAGUGCAGCGGUUUUGCACAUAUGAAAAUAAUACACGUUUUUGCCUUAUAUUAUGUAUGAGGAAGAUGUUUUUUUUUUUUUUUUUUUAUUAUAUAGGACAUUAAUUCAAUUUCUCCAAUCCAGUUUGGCCUUAGAUUUUGCAUUUCAGUUACUGAAUAUGUUUACUCUCCUCACCUUAAUGGGGUACUCCGGCCCUAAGACAUCUUAUCCCCUAUCCAAAGGAUAGGAGAUAAGAUGUCUGAUCACAGGGGUCCCACCGCUGGGGAUCCCCGCAAUCUAGCAUGCAGUACUCACCUGUGCAAUCUAUCAUGCAGUAUUCGCCUAUGCCUCCCGACCACAGGGACAGAAUAUCGCGACAUCACAACUCCGCCCCCUCAUUGCAAGUCUAUGGGAGGGUCCGUCCCCAUGGUCGGGAGGCAUAAGACUUGGAGCCUCCAGCGCUUCCUGCAGUGCUCACAGGUGAGCACUGCAUGCUAGAUUGUGGGGGUCCCCAGCGGCGGGACCCACGCGAUCAGACAUCUUAUUGGAUAUGGGAGAGGAUGUCUUAGGGCUGGAGUACCCCUUUAAACCAGGCACACUGUUUUUAAACAGUUUGCCUCCAGCUGUGGCAAAACUACAACUUUCGGCAUGCCCGGGCAGCCUUUGACUGUCUAGGCAUGCUGGAAGUUGUUGUUGUGCCCACAGCUGGAGGCACACUGUUUGAAAACACACUACCUUAAACAUACCACACAUUAGGUUUGCUGAGCCUGAAAAUGCAGGAUUUUGCAACCCAAGCUCCUAUCCUAGACAAGAGGAUAGUGUUGUCCUUCAGCAUUGUAUUUGGCUUCUUGUUCAGAACAAGUGACUUUCAUAACCAAUUUGACUUAAUGUCUUAGAAUAUGUUCACAUGCGGAAGAUGGGUUAGAAAAAAUUCUGCGACUGUCGAUUCGCCUGAACGGGGCAUGCGGAAAUUCACGUGCAUGCUGCAGAAACAACCCCAUUCACAUGAAUGAAUUUUCAGUCGCAAAACAUCUCUGCAUCAUUCUGCUGCCUGGGAAUAAACCCUGUAUAUUUGAUGUUUUUCUAGAGAUCCUAGAAAUUCCUAUAAAAGUUGUGUGGACAGCUAGGCCCUAUUUCGAUGGCUGAAGAGUACAGAAGAUCAGAAAAGAUCAGGGGCAUAGCUAUAGGGGGUGCAGAGGUAGAAUUCUCACUGGGGCCCUGGUGCCUAAUGGAGCCCAAAAGCACAUCUGCCCCAUAAGAGACCAGUAUUAUAAUUGGCACAUGGGGCCCUGUUGCAGAUUUUGUGUCAGGGCCCAUUGUAUUGUGUCCCUCAAGAGAAGUGCAGAGAUAACUGACCAUAGUAAUGGAAUUAUCCAUUUAGAUUGUCAGGAAAACAACUUUUUGGCAAAAAUGAAUUAUGUCUAUGGAUGGUUUUAAAGGUGUGUAGACCUUCGAUCGUCUUCUGGUAUGUCAACGAUAUGAUCUCAGCAAUCAUUGGGAUUGUGCAAGCUGAGACUUGGAACAAUCCUAAAAUGAAGACUGGAAUUUGUCCUAACAUUUAGUAUCUAUGAUCCACAACAGCUGUCAUUCUAAUGGAUCCUGGUCCCUGCUGCUAACCACUGCUCCCUGCUUCCUUUGACUUGUUGACACUUCUGGAAAUGCCCAAAGAGACAUUGUGAUGUAGCCCCUUUGUACAGAGAUAUAACUAUAAGUUAAGCUGAGAUAGCAGCCAUAUCUGGGCCAGAAUUAUAAACCACACUUGGUAUGUGGCUGGUAUUUGGGACCAGAGGUGUAACUUGAGGAUACAGGGCCCCCAAAUAUAACGCUUUAUUUAUACUACUGGUCUCAUUUAGAAAGUAAUGACCUUUGGGCCCCUCAGGCUCCUGGACUGUUGCAAUCGCAUCCUUUGAACCCAUUAUAGGUAUGCCCCUGUUCGAUCUCCCAGUCUACUAUAGAGAGUAAAUGACCGAACACAAUCAAUUAUUUCUACAGGACAAUCACAGGUAAUAGCCAUGAUACUUGCUGGACUACAGAUGCCAAGUGAUAACAUGUCACAAAAUAGUUUCAACCUAUAAGACAUAAAGCACAUUUAGGGAAACCCACCGAAGAUCACCGACUGUAACAGAGACAGAUUAUUUUUAUUGUGAAUUCUGAGGCAGUUGUCCCAUUACUAGUAUUAUAUUCUUUAAUAAAUACUGUAGAUGACGUUUGCCUCUGUAAAGAAGGCUCUGUUGCACUGUGUUUCUCAGUGUCCCAAUCUGGAGUACAUGUAUGUACAUGUACAACCAUAAAGUGACCUCCCACUAUCUCCAUCUCCAAUCCUCUGCUUUCUCAUAUACAUAUCGCUGUGCGUUGCGACUCUCAAAAAUAAUGAUUUAAUGACUCACUUUAAGCUUCACAAUAUCAAGCUGGCUAUUGACAUGUGAUUUUUGUUGAUGAAUUGUAGACUAUCACAUGAAUGUAGAAUUCUCACUGUUCCUCUAUCGGAGCAUCAGAAGUAUCUAAUAACCACAUAUUUCAUUUCUCCCAGGGAAAUAGCGUAUCCAUUCACAAGAGCAAGACAGACAUGUUUAAAGGGGUACUCCACAUUUUGUUCCGAAUGAUUGGAGCGGGGGUCGUGGCGUCACCCCCCCCCCCCCCCUCAAUGCAAGUUUAUGGGACUUGCAUUGAGGGGAUGUGGUGUGACGUCACGACUCCAGCCGCCGCACUCAGCAUUCUAAACGAACCUUGGGUGCUGCACAGAGAUCGCUAGAUGUCUAGGGGGAGUACCUCUUUAAGGUGAAAUGCACACUAGGUGAAUUUGUGAGCAAGAAAUCUGCUGUGGAUCAUAGUGCCAGCAAAGUAUGUCGCCAUGUUGAUUUAUGUUGCAGAUUGUAGAUUGAUUGUAGAUUUUCCUUAUUGAUUUUAAUAGGUCAAUUAUAUCCGCAAGCAACCCUUUAGAAGAUUGUGACGCGGAUCGGCAGCAGAAUCCAAAAUUGGGAAUUUUAAAUUAAUAAUUUUUUCCCCUAUGAAAUCUGCAAAUACAUGUUUUGCAGCAUUUACUGCAAAAGAAACUUUCUGCAGCAAAUCUAUCUACUUUGCAUUCAUUCUUAUAGAAGAGCCUGGUAAAAUAGCUGUAUGUCUGAUGAUCUUAUGUCUAUAGCCAGCUUUAGCUCUUACAGAGUCUGUCGAUGAAGUCUUUACUGUGUUCAAUAAGUCAUCACUACUCAACAAAAUCUCAACCAUAAUCUCAACAAGUAGAAUAUAUAAACUGUUAUUAACCUCUUAAGGACACAGGAAAUACCUGCUCCCAGUCCCGGUCUAUAACACGGGGUCAAGCCGUGACCCCGCGUCAUAGCAGGUCGGUCCCGACUGCUAAUGAAAGCCUGGACCCUGGGCUAAUAGCAUGCGGCACCGAUCGUUGUGCCCUGCGCGAUAUACCCUUUAGAUGCAGCAUUCAAAGUUGAUCGCCGCAUCUAAAGUAACAAAAAUACACUCCCUGCAGCUCAGUCCAGGUGAUCGGGACCAUUGCAGUGAAAUCGCGAGGUCCCGAUCAGCUAGAACUCAAGUGGAGGGUCCAUUACCUACCUCCGGUGGGUCCCAUCGGCGAUUGAUUGCUCCAAGCCUGAAAUCCAGGCUUGAGCAAUCGACCGCCCAUAACACUGAUCAUUGCCAUGUUAAUGCAUGGCAGUGAUCUGUGUUGAAGCCCUAGAGGGGGCUAUAACAUUGCCAAAAAAAGUGUGGAAAAAAAUUAAUAAAGAUCAUUUAACCCCUUCCCUAAUAAAAGUUUAAAUCACCCCUUUUCCCAUUAAAAAAAAAACUGUAAAUAAUAAUAAACAUAUGUGGUAUCACCAUGUGUGGAAAUGUACGAACUAUAAAAAUAUAUAAUUAAUUAAACCACAAGGUCAAUGGCGUACACGCAAAAAAAUUCCAAAGUCUAAAAUGGCGUAUUUUUGGUCACUUUUUAUAUCAUGAAAAAAUGAAUAAAAAGCGAUCAAAAAGUCCAAUCAAUACAACUGUAACUGCUAAAAAACUUCAGAUCACAGCGCACAAAAUUAGCCCUCAUACCGCCUCGUAUGCGGAAAAAUAAAAAAGUUAUAGGGGUCAGAAGAUGACCAUUUUAAACGUAUACCUUUUCCUGCAUGUAGUUAUGAUUUUUUCCAGAAGUACGACAAAAUCAAACCUAUAUAAGUAGGGUAUCAUUUUAAUGGUAUUAUUUUACUUGUAUGGACCUACAGAAUAAAGAUAAGGUGCCAUUUUUACCGAAAAAUGAACUGCGUAGAAACGGAAGCCCCCAAAAGUUACAAAAUGGCAUUUUUUCUUCAAUUUUGUCGCACAAUUAAUUUUUUUUCCGCAUUGUUUGUAAAAUGACUAAUGUCAAUGUAAAGUAGAAUUGGUGGUAGAAAACAUAAGCCAUAAUAUGGAAUUUUAGGUGCAGAAUUGAAAGGGUUAAGAUUUUUAAAAGGUAAGGAGAAAAAAACAAAAGUGCAAAAAGGAAAAACCUUGAGUCCUUAAGGGGUUAAGUUUACUGUUUAUUUAAUAUACAUCAAUGAAUAGGGAAAUAUAAGAAUUACUGAAGUCCAUUUCACAUUAGACCAGUGUUCUGCAACCUUUGACUCCCCAGCAUUUGUGCCAUUGGUUCUCAUACAUUACUUUACAGUUUCAUACCAUAUUGGUUGAGCCCAACAAAAUUUCUACCUCUAUUAUAUGCUGGUGACAGAUUAACAUUGCAUCACCUCUAAAGUGAUUGUCUGACCUUGAACAGAAUUAAUUUUUUUUUUACUCUAACUUGAUGAAAAUUUCAGUUACCAUUUGCCCCUUUAAUUUAUCUUUAUAGGAUCUUAUAGCGUUGUCUUUCUGAUACAUACCUCAAAGCAGAUAAAGAGUUACAUAACAAAAUUCUGUUCUCCUUCAGUUACCAAGGGGCUGUUUAGCGCCUUAGUUCAUACAGUUUUUACAGUGUACAAAAUAUAAAAACAGUAUGCAGUAAGCUCCAAAGCUCCCCCUUGUGUUAGAUGUAGACAGGCAGAAUAUUGCUAUUUAACUUAUAGAGUACCUGUGGUAAACUUUCCCAAGAAAUAAGAUUGCAUUAUCAAUUAAUAGUUUAGUAUGCUUGUUCACAUACCUUUUUACAGUUUCUUGAUCCGCAUUCUUGCUCCUGAGAUAUGAGGGUUUAUAAUUUGUCUCACAAUUUAUGGACUCCGUCAGAUAGGCGGGACUUAAUUUUAAUAAUGGGAAGGAUUAUCAGGUGAUGGGCGGAAUUAUACAGUAAGAGGGGUGUGUAGGUGGCAUACACAUCCCUUAAUGUACAACAUUUACACCCCCUAACUGUGUAAUUCCAUCCAUUUUAUUUAAAGGGUACCUCUCAUCAAAAAAACUUUUGAUAUAUUAUAGAUUAAUGUAUGCAGAAUAACUUUACAAUUGCAUGUUAUUAAAAAAUAUGCUUCUUUCUAUUUAAUUUUCCACUUUGAAGAAAUGACCACUAGGGGUCUCCCUACCAGUCCUGGCAGCAAGCAUUUCAGACUCAUGCUGGAGUCCUAAACACUACGAGCUGCCAGUCUGCUUUGUUCACAAAGGAGAACACUCAGAGCUGCCAGCCUGCUUUGUUCACAGCCUGUUUGGCUGUG